CUCUCUCCCUGAAAUGUGCAAUUAAAAACCCUAAUUGGCUACCGCACCGCACCCCCUGAAAUAUUGAAAACCCUAACAAGAAGCGGCCCCCCCCGUCUCUCUCUCUUUCAUGGCAACGGCAGCGCGGGAAGAGAAGCAGCAGCCCUACGAAUCACUAGGCACGGGCGGCAAGUUCCGGAAGACGCCAUUCCGAAGAACCACCCAAACGACGCCGUAUGACCGGCCCUCCACCGUUCUUCGAAACCCUAGCACUGCAAACGGAGGCUGGAUCUCCAAGCUCGUCGAUCCCGCUCAGAGGCUUCUUACCUACAGCGCCCACCGCCUAUUCUCCACUGUCUUCAAUAAACGCCUCCCUCCGCCUCCGCCGCAGCCGCAGCCGCAGCCGCAGCCGCAGCCGCCCUCCAUAGAGCCAAAUCAUGAAGCAAGGAUUAUGGACAAGGAAGAAGUUGGCAUGGAUCCUCCUGGAGUGCAAAAGGGUGCCAUUGAGCAAAGUACUGAUCCAAGAUCUACUUCUGCUGGAGACGGGUUUACCUCAGUUGAGCAAAUUUUGAUGCAGAAAACUUUUACCAGACCUGAAAUUGAUCGAUUGAAAGAGCUCUUGCAUUCAAGAACUGAUGAUAUACCUACUGAGAAUCAAGAGAAAAGAUCUGAAGUAUUACCUUCAAUGGCAGUGGUAUCUCAUGACAGAGAGGAAUUUGCUAAAACUCCAUUGCAAGAUAAAAGUGCCAAUAGCCACCUUGUUUCAACCCCUGUUGUCAGUACAACUGUCCUUGAUGAAGAUGUAGCUUCACCUGUAGAGCUGGCAAAAGCUUACAUGGGCAGUAGGCCUUCAAAAGUAUCCCCAUCAAUGCUAGGUCUCCGCAGUCAAGCGCUCUAUGAAGAUUCACAUAUUUCAAGCAGUGUGACAUUUCCUUCCAAAUCGCCGCUAAUGUCAGUCGUUCCUAGAUUUUCUAGCAAUGGGGCGGCACCAGAGAAUGGGUUUGCAACCCCUAGAUCUCGAGGUAGAUCUGCAAUACACAGUAUGGCUCGUACGCCAUACUCUCGAGUUCAGACCCGUAGUACAUUUAAGGGUGUUGGGUCUACAGUUGAUACUUAUGGUGUGCCAUCCUCAUCAUCUCAGUCCAUAUGGGAGCAAAGCCAACCCUCUGGAUCUAAACAAGGGGCCUUAAAGCGAAGGUUCUCAGUGUUAGACAAUGACAUUGGAUCUAUUGGUCCUAUCCGCAGAAUUCGUCCAAAACCCAAUCUUCUAUCCUCUAGAGGCUUAAGCUCACCAAUAAGUACAGAGGUUUUUCAAAACCCUUCAUCUUCCACACGGAGGCCACUUCUGUUGGGUCAACCCAAGCAUACUCUGGCAAAAGCAUCAUCAGAAAAUGGAGACAAUGCAGUUCCUAGCACAAGUUUUUCAACCGUUCCGUCACAAUCCAGCAAGGCGGCUUCCAAAAUAUUUGAGCAUCUCGAUAAGAUCACCUCUCCGAAAGAGAAAUCAUCUGAGCCCAAGAUACUUACUGUGAGAGAUAGAUCACCAACUAAGCUGUCACCCUCCAUGCUACGUGGUCAGGCUCUGAAAAGCCUGGAGGAUGUGGAUACGUCAAAAUUUCUGGAAAAUGCCCGUUAUAAUAAUGGGAAUAAUUUGGAUGUUUCAUCUAAUCAACGGAUACCAGAUGUUACUUCUCAAAAGCGUGACAAGGUUAAAGAAAAUGGUCCAUCAAGGAUUGCUGCUCCUUGUGACAGUUCAACUACCUUUGCCAAUGAAGUAGAAUCCAGAACAGAAAAGGAUGUUGUGAUAAAAGUUAAAGCUGCAGUUUCUGCUGCAUCAAACACUGUUAUGCAUCCUUCUGAAAAGAAACGGGCCUUCAAGAUGAGUGCUCAUGAGUAUCUGGAGCUGGAUGAUGAUGAUUAUUCCAAUAAUGGUCAUGCGUCUGGUUCAAUUGCUGAUGGGAGAGUAAAGGUGGAUAAGAUUGCAGCUGCUAAACCAGAGAAGCCUGUAGCUUCUACUGAAGUCAAACCUCCUGCAUCAUUUGCAAUAAACCAGAAGCCUGAUAGCGGAACAUCUGACGGUGUAUAUACGGUUGCACCUGGCGCAACAGAUACCGUACCAAAACCAGUGGAAUCAGAUAAAGCUGAUGAGAAUAAUUCAGAUGUUGAAGCCCCUUUUAGGGUACCAGAAACUCUUGUGUCAUCAUCAUCAUCAGCAACCACGAGCAUAUUUUCUACCACUUCUCAAGUUUCCAACAAUUUAGCAAGUCAAAGUUCUUUGGGCAGCAUGGCCCCCACUGCCAACACUAACAGCGGUAACAACAUUGCUGCUACUAGUGCCGUUACCACCAGCGGUAGCAAUCGUUUUAGCUCAGUUUCAGCACCGUCCUUUUCAGCCGAACCUUUUUUUAAAUUUUCAGUCUCUACCACAACUGAGGUGACACAAGUUCCAGAAAAUUCUUCCUUGGAAUCGUUAGGAGACAAGAACAAGCGAGAUGGCAGUUUUGCUAAUCUAAGCGGCACGUCUUUUGCUGGCACAUCUGCUAUCAGUGCAGGCACAGGAAGUAGCUUUUUGGGGGUUUCUGCUGCUGCUUCCUCCCCUGCUGCUACCAAUCAGUUGGGUUCUACUUCUUUUAGUUCUGGAAGUGGAUUCGGUCCUAGUGCCCAGGCAUCACCUGGAUUGUCCUUCAAAUUUGAACCCUCAACUGCUUCAACUGCAGUAACGCCAGGAAGUUCUUCCUUGGAAUUCUUAAAUGAUAAGAACAAGCAAGGCGGGAUCUUUGGUAGUUUAAGCAGUACCUCGUCUGCUGGCACAUCUGCAACAAGUGCAAGCACAUUGAGUAACAGUUCUGGGUUUUCUGCUGCUGCUUCCACGCCUAUCUUUACCAGUCAGUCAGUGGGUUCUGCUCUUUUUAGUGGUGGCAGUGGAACUAGUUCUAGUGCCCACGUGUCACCUGCUGGGACUGGAGCUGCAUCUUUCACACAGAGUGCACCUGUUCAACCUGGUUCAUCAGCUUCCAGUUCGGUAUUUAAUUUUGCAGGAAAUACAGCUUUCUCUUCUGGGAGCUCUGCACUCGGUUCUUCUACCCCCUCUUCUGAAGCCAACCCUAGCAGCUCCAGUACUGCUCCAAGUACUGUAUUUGGUAGUGGGUGGCAACCUGCUACUUCUUCUUCUACCCCCUCUUCUGAAGCCAACCCUAGCAGUUCCAGUACUGCUCCAAGUACUGUAUUCGGUAGUGGGUGGCAACCUGCUACAUCUUCAAAAUUUGCUUCCACACUAAACUCUACAUCUUUCUCACCAGCGUUUCAAUUCGGUGCAUCCUCAGCCUCUGCUGCAACCAACACUACAUCUACUUCAUUUGGAGCAUCCUCGACUUCUGCUGCUACUUCUUCUAACAGUGCAGCCACAGUAUUUGGAAUGCCCUCCGCUUCUGCUCCAGCGUCCAACAGUUUGCCUACUUUGUUUGGAGCAUCCACAGUUUCUUCUCCAAGUACCAACAGCGCAUCGGUGUUUGGAUUGUCCAAUGGUGCAUCAUCAACCGGCAUGUUCCCCUUUACAUCAUCUGCAACUACUACUACCCCAUCACAGCCUGCAUUUGGUAACUCCAACUCUAUAUUUGGCUUCCCUACAGCUCCCUCGGGUAAUAAUGAUCAAAUGAGUAUGGAAGACAGCAUGGCUGAAGACAGCAUGGCUGCAUCUCCGCCUACAAUUGCAGUCUUUGGUCAACAGCCUUCCUCAACCACGCAGUCUACACCAACAUUCCCAGUGUUUGGCCAGCAGCCUGUGUCAACCCCACAAGCCCCCUUUGUAUUUGGAGGUUCCUCCAAUGGCUUCCAGUUUCAGAGCCAACCAAACCAAUCCAACUCGCAGAACCCUCCACCGUUUCAGGGUUCCAAUAGUUUAGCCAACUUGCAGAACCCUGCACCAUUUCAGGAUAGCCUAGGUUUGACCUCCAAUAGCUUCUCAUUGGGUGCCGCUGAUAAGUCUAAUAGAAGGAUUGUGAGGGUUAAUCGCAGCAAGAACAGGAAGAAGUAAUUGGAUUGGUUUACUAAUGAGGGCAUAACUGCCCGUGUAAGGUUACGAAGAUCAGAUACUUUUUUUCCCUUUUUGUUUCCGUUCUCUUAGGUGAAAAUUUUCGUGGUGCCAUGAGGGCGUAAGUUCACAUUUUAUACUGGUUUGUAGUUUUGAACAAUCAUCCAUCAUUUGUAACAGUACAUGUAUGCUUCUUUUUUAGUAUAUGAUGUAUGUCACAGCCUUAUUGUGCUGUUCGCCAUCAUGAUUAUGUUGUAACAUAAAUGGAACGGGUAGGAAUGUGUCACAGCUA